GGGAGCUGAGGGCGAGUAAAAUGCCGUGCUUUGUGUGUCCUGGUGGUCGUCUGCGGAGGAGUCGACUCGGUGGAAGGGUCUUCGGAUGACUCGAGAGGAGCAAAAGCGGAAGAUGCCGACCUUAAAAAAGAGUUCGCUAACAGCCUGAAGCUGUCCCAGAAACUUCUGCGUGAGAGCAGGGCCAUCGCCCGCUGCUAUCAGAUGACAAAAUUGCCCGGAACCCACCUGGAUUUGGCCCUGGCGGACAACACCUUCCCCUCUCUCAGUAUCGGUAGCAGCGACUGGCUGAGGCUCCAGGCGGAAGACCGUCUCCGGCUUAUGAACGAGGCUCUGCAGGUCUACCCCGGGUUUCUGGAGGAGCUGGAGAAGUGGGAGACACAGGAGGCUUCUUUGAAGACCAACCAAGCCGGGGGCAAACAAUCCCAUUUCUCUCAUAAGAUCAACCGAGCGCGCUUGGACCUCAGGGACCUUCUCCAGCACGUUCAAUUCCAGAUGUCCUCUUUGGGAAUGAACGUCCCUCAGCCUGUGACCCCCCAAAACCUCCCGGAAACCGGCAGUGAAUGGCACAAGAGACUGCUGAUGUACCAGGCCCUAAGAGGCAUGGAGAAAACCGUGUACCGCGUGGUUAGAGAGUAUACGGCUUUGUGCCUCGCUACUGUUUAAAGGAGGGGUGGUUGGGCUAAUGGUCACAUGACCCGAUCCGAACCCCCCCUCCAAAAAAACUCCUGACAAAGACGCUCUCAAAUGUGAUGAAAAAAGAUAACCAA